AUGGUUGGCCUAUUGCAAGUUUUUGGAAUUGCCGUCGCAACUUAUCACACAGAAGCGUCAAUUAUUGAUAAUGUUGUUGAAGAAAAUUACAAGUUCAAUCAAAGUACCCUGCAGGGUGCUACUGAGAAAUUGGUCGGCAAACCCGACCCUAUCAUAUCAGAUGAAAGCCCCGCUGUUCAGCAAGAUAUUUCCAGCGGCGGUUACUUUGCGCCAUUUGGAAUUGAAGGACUUUCAAAAGAACUCUUCGUUCACAACGACAGUCUCAAGGACAUUGUACCGAUUCUCAACGUCGCCAAGAAAGCGCUAAACCAGGCUAUCCCAACGAAUGACUGGUGGUGCAAUCUCAUCCACGUCACGGAUACCCUAAACGUAUCUAAUCACCCAGCAUGGGCAAACCCGUACGCCGUCAAGCUGCCACGCGAGGCGCCGUAUGGACUUCAAAUAUUCUAUUCCUACACACACAGGGUCUUCGAACCACCAAAAAACGGUACUUUUAAACGAUACAAUCACACAUACCACAAUGACUUGACGCUGUCUUCCGAACAAUUUUGUUACGAUGAGCCUGUGUACGAGGUUUAUGAAUGGGACGAAGGAGGUGCCAAGUUACGUACGUGUGACGUAACCAGCGGCAAGUGCAUGGAUUCGGCAUUAGUAAGUGGCAUGGCCUUUGUCUCGGCCAAGUACAGCGGACUCACACCUCGCAUUGAUACUGAACACAACAUCACAUACGUGGACGACUCGGUGCCGGGCAAGUUUAUAAUUUACUUAAACAAUACGCAAACGUGGGUAUUAUAUGCGAGCGACAACAGCCUCUCGCUUCGUGUCGAGAGGUCAGUAAUGUUUUCUGUAAACGCCACAGGAUCCUCUCUGGUGGCAGGCAAGGGAUAUACCGGCACGAUCCGAUUAGCGUUACUACCGGAAAACUGUACUGAUAAUACAAUGUACGACGAGUACGCAGGAUGCAUGGUGCUGGGCGGCACCGUGUCGAUGGAGUCACGCACACAGUACUCAUUGAAUUGGCAAGUUGAGGGCAGUACUUGUCAGACUGUGGGUCUUCUGCACUUUGCACUGCAACACCAACUUGAGUCAUUGACUGGAACAGUCAUUCAAACAACGACGCCAGGUGCAAUUAUAUUAAACUCGGCUACACGUGGUCGCAUGGUGGGUCAGGUGACGACAAAUCCACAAUGGGUGUUCCAUGAACCUGAGGCAAAUUUUGAUAUCGACUUUUACCCUGUCCGCAGACCAUCACCGUGGCUUGUUGUAGAGACCGACAUGUUGCGUACGCUACAAAGGGAUAUCAUGGGUAACUGGACGGGCUUUGAUGUCGAUACAUGGUACUUUAAUGGCAAAUCGAUUCAGAAGUACGCAUCACUAUGUUUAAUGGCAUCAGAUCCUGCUGUUGUUGGUACAGACAAGUUGCUGCUGUCAUUUUGUUUGAAGAAGCUAGAAAAGUUGUUCGAACCAAUAUUAAAUAACACGCUGUCCCCGCCGCUCAUGUACGACACGCUGUACCGUGGCCUAAUUUCAAGCUCCAUUUUUCGGACAAACAGCAUCUAUCAGGAGUUCGGCAAUGGUAUUUACAAUGACCACCACUACCACUACGGCUACUUUGUAGUGGCAGCAGCCAUGUUCAAGCAUCUAGACCCAAAAUGGUCUCGCAUGCCAGAAUUGGAAGCGAUGAUUUGGACGAUGAUGCGUGACGUCGUCAACCCGAGCAAGGAAGACAAGUACUUUCCUCGUUUCCGUCACUUUUCAUGGUACUUAGCUCAUUCGUACUCUCAUGGUGUGACUUCAAUCAACAAUGGAAAAGACGAGGAGAGUACAUCAGAAGAUAUCAACUUCUAUUACGGCAUGACAAUGUGGGGCAAAGUGACGGGUAAGAGUGCUGUGGAAGAUCUUGGAAGUCUGAUGCUUCGACUAAAUGCUCAUGCUAUUUGUACGUACUUUUUGCUCAAGCUCGACAAUGUCGUUCAUCCACCCGAAAUUGUACGCAAUCACGUCACGGGCAUCUUCUUUGAUAACCAGGUGUAUUAUAACACAUGGUUUCUUGACGAGGUAUAUGCAAUCCACGGCAUUCAAAUGAUUCCCGUGUCGCCUGUGAAUGAGCUGGCGCGUACGUCGACGUUUGUGGAACAAGAGUGGAACAACAUUGUGUCAAAGCUGCCCAUUAUCACCGAGGAAGGUAGCAACAUUACGUGGCUGUCAUUAUUGCUCGUUAAUGGUGCUACAGUAAACCCGAUGGAGUCACUACGUAGGUUGCCAAAUUCUACCAUGGAUGAUGGCUUGUCACUGUCAUGGGCACUGUACAAUGCGGCCACUCGUUGCCGAGACGAUGUGGGAGUCAAUUUGAGUAUAAACAUUCGACUCACCAUCGACGUGUCCGCCGUUAUGACUGAAGUAUUAACAAAGUAA